UCAGUUGACGUUGUCAUUUUUGCUGUUUAUUUUUUUUUUCAGUCGAUUUGUGAUUUUUGGAAUCAUAAUUAAAAUUGACCGUAAAGUCUAAAGUAGUUCGCCCUACUUGCUGUUUCUGGGUUUUGAUCGACGUUGACAACAGCGAAGAUGUCUCACCACCGUGAACCAACCGUAUUUGGAGCCCCGAACUUCAAUGCGCUGGAAGAUGCCAACACCCUCCGAGCCGCCAUGAAGGGCUUCGGCACGGACGAGCAGGCCAUCAUCGACAUCCUCACGGCGCGCUCCAACCAGCAGCGCCAGGCCAUCUCACAGGCCUUCACCCAUGAGUAUGGCAGAGACCUGAUCGAUGACUUGAAGUCGGAGCUGGGCGGGCACUUCGAGGACGUGAUCGUGGCGCUCAUGCUGCCCCCUGAGGAGUACCUCUGCAAGGAGUUGCACCACUGCAUGGAAGGCAUGGGCACAGACGAGGAUACGCUGGUGGAGAUCCUGUGCACGCGCACUAAGAAUGAAAUCGCCGCCAUCGUCGAGGCCUACGAGCGCUUGUACGACCGACCACUGGCGGAGCACAUGUGCUCGGAGACCUCUGGAGACUUCCGCCGCCUGCUCACGCUCAUCGUCACCAGUGCCCACCAGGGCGCGCGCGACGAGGAAGCGGGCGUGGACCCGGCGCGCGCGCAAGAAUCGGCGCAGGCGCUGUACGACGCCGGCGAGGCCAAGUGGGGCACCGAUGAGGAGAUAUUUAACAAGAUCCUGGCUCACGAGAGCUUCGCACAACUGCGGCUGAUCUUCGAGGAGUACAAGAACAUCGCGGGCCGCACCAUCGAGCAGGCCAUCAAGGCCGAGAUCGGCGGCGAGCUUAAGGACGCGCUGUCUGCCAUCGUGGAGUGCGUGGAAAACGCCCCGGCCUGGUUUGCGCAGCGCCUUCGCAAGGCGAUGGAAGGCGCGGGAACGGAGGACAAGGCCCUCAUAAGAAUCAUCGCGAGCCGCGCUGAGAUAGACCUCGGCAAUAUCAAACAGGAGUACGAGAGUAUCUACGAUAAGACGCUGGAGAGCGACAUCAAGCAGGGAGAGACAUCUGGAGACUACAAGAGGGCCCUCGUCGCACUCCUUGGACCGGCGUAGAGGAUGCAAGGAGGAUGCACAGUACCAUAGACAAUUAUCUGAUCAGAUAAAUAAUAAGUAUCUUNAGUCU